AUGCUGGGAGAGGAAGAAGACGUGUUCGACUCGGUGACAUGGGAGACUCCGGCCCGGAACCCGUACGACGCUGUGGCGAACGAGGCCGCGAUGCCUGCCAGGCCCGGCUUCAGGCAGAGCAAUGCCGAGGGAGACGACGAGCGCGGGCCGCACGAGCCCAAAUGGGAAGGCUACUUGAUCACCCAGGUCAAGGAUCCUCAGAAGGAACUCGCGGAAACCAAAGAUGCUUAUGUUUCCUAUCUCGUUACCGCAAAGACGAACCUCCCUAUAUUCUCAACCCCGAACCCCUCAUCGAGGAGACGCUUUCAAGACUUUGUAUUUCUACGAACACAUCUCGCGAAGGACUUCCCAGCAUGCGUUGUUCCGCCUCUACCAGACAAGCAUAGGAUGGAGUAUGUCACGGGCGAUCGCUUCAGCCCCGAGUUCAUGGAACGUAGACGACAAGAUCUGAACCGCUUCCUUCAACGAUUGGCGCGCCACCCAACCUUGCAGCGAAGUACCCUUGUCCGCGCCUUCUUUGAAUCGACAGAAUGGCAUGUCAUCAUGCACCAACAUGUCGCCCACCCACCCAACGGCGCGGACGGCGGCCAAGGCCUCAUCGAGAACCUCUCCGACACCCUCCUCAACGCCUUCGCCCGGGUCAAGAAGCCCGACGAGCGCUUUAUGGCCAUGCGCGAGCACAUUGACAAGUUCGAGGAGAGUCUGGUCGUGUCAGAGCGUCACUGGACUCGUAUCCGCGGUCGCAUCACAGCUGGGGAUCCGCAAACUGCGGGUGAAGAUCUCACUGGAGACUAUCACGAUAUGGCUGUCGCCGUCCAAGGACUCGGAUUCCUCGAGUCGGGCAUUACCGAUCAGCUCAACCACUUCUCGAAUACGCUGCUGGAGUUUUCCGCGCUUUUGCGCCACACGACACAAAACUCCAUCGACCCCUUCCUGGUUCACCUGCACUCCCUAGGCUCCUACUCUCGCGCACACAAGGCCGUGCUGAAGUUGCGCGAUCAGAAACAACUAGAUCUCGAGGAACUGACCGACUACCUCUCUGGUGUAACCGCUGAACGGGACCGGCUCUCUGCGAUCAUCAGCGGCCACGCAGGAAGCACCGGGUUGGGACUUGGCGCAUACCUCAGGGAGCGCGUCGAUGCAAUCCGUGGUGCGGACGAUGACCGCAGUCGUGUUGAGAAGGCGAAGAAGCUUGACGGGAAGAUCAAGGAGUUGCAAGAGGCAGUGACCACAGCCCACGAGACUUGUGACGCUUUCAGCGAUGAGACCUUGCGCGAGCAGGCCAUCUUCCAAUACGCAAAGGAGUCCGAGAUGAAGGAGAUGCUCGGGAACCUGGCUGACGGACAAAUUGAGCUGUAUAAGUCGGCCAUGGAGGAAUGGGACCGCAUCAUUCCCAUGAUCGAAAGGAUACGGGUCGACGUCUGA